AUGUACAAAGUAGUUGAUGUGUAUUUACGCUUUUGUGGGUGGGGUGUAUUAUCUAAACUAAAACGAAUAACAUUUGGGUAGCCAAAACUUGCUGUUGUCACUUCAAACUUGCAGCCUAAAUUUUUGUACUGAAACGAUAUAGGUAAGAUAAUACGAUUUUACUUUUUCACCAAUGACCGGCGAACAGUGACUGUAGUGCAUGACUUUGAACAUGGAUCAUUGCUAAUGGCCUAAGCCUAAUACUAAUACUAAUGGCUAAUGGCUAAUGAAUUAUUGAUUUGAAGAAUGAGAAUCAUUGCUCAUUGCAACUUUCGAGAUUGAUUGUAAUUUUGGUAAAUUAAAUUGAAUUUUGAAUGCCUAUGCCUAUCGUAUACAGUAGGCCUAUAAUAUACUCAAUACUGUCUAUGUGACUGAAAUAUGAUGAAAUAAAUGAUGCCGUUGCCUGAUGGCCAUUGUCAUUGUACUAAUCAUUGUUUUUCAUGCAUUCAAUCAUUCUCUUCGAAUCAAUAAUUGAUUGAUUGAUUGAAUGACAUUGAUAGCAAUAGUAGCCACAAUCUUCUUGCAAUGAUUCAUUGCAGCGGGCCCAGUGACAAUCACAAUACAAUGUAAAAUGUAAGGGCAAAGUCAAUGAUAUGAAAUCAGCUGAACAGUGCAAUCGGGUGUCAUGAUUUUGUUGCCAAACUGAUGACCUCCAUUAGCCUAUUUAAAUUUGAGUUGAACAUUGAAUUAUGUACUCAUUACUAAAUUAAUAUCAAUUUUGUCUUGUUUUUGACUCGGCCAGAAGUUAGACUUUGACUUAGACCAGAGAAAAUAAGGCACAGUUGAGUUAUUAUGAAGAGGAUUAGCUUAGACUAUUCCAGGGGUGGCCAACCCAAAUGGCUCCGCCGUUCAUUUAUUCUCUAUCACUUCAGUCUAUGCACAUAAUUCUUAGAGAUUUUAGAUGUUAACAUGUCCACUCAUGCCACCAUACACAUAAAUAAAUUGUAUAGAUUUUAAUUGGGAUAUAAAAAUAACUCUUAAUACUUACCGUAUUUUCUGGAGUAUAAGAUGACUCUUAACCCAUGAGAAUCUUUUCAAAAGUCGGGUGUCAUCUUAUAAGCUGGUAUACGAUGUGCUGAAAUCUCAGGGGCAGGCACCCUCUAGGUCCAGUUUGGUUGACAGCUUAGAAAACAAAUAGCAUGGCACCUCCCAUGUGUUUAUUGUCUUAUCCUUCCUUUCUGUUCUUUUUUAAUUUUUAUUUGGUGUGCCUUGGAAGAGGAAUAGUCUUUAACAGUGAGUAUAACCCAAACCCUAUAUUUUAACAGGAAAAGUAGGGGUCGUCUUAUACGCCCAAUCAUCUGAUAUGGUUACAUAUAUAUAGUAAUGUCACUAUGAUCUGCAGGGAAGGGUGGGAGAGUAGAAAUCAAUCAUGCCAAAGGAGGAUUCCUGAGCAAGUGGGGGUAGGUGUCUGGUGAGGCAAAAAUAUUUGAUAAAUUGGGACAUACCGGAAUUUAGUUUAGUGGGGCAUACCGUCACAAAAAAGUACUGUAUAUAUAUACAUAUAUUUAUAUAUUUUUAACCAUAUUUAUGCAGCAGUUAUUAAGAUGGUUAAAAGGUACAGAAGGCUAGACAAACAACACCAAAUAGUUGACAAAUGGAGGCCACACCUUAAAAGAAAACAGAAAUCGCUACUAGAUGUAGCCUCUGAAGAGAAACACAAUCUACCAAAGAAUUACAAAUCAUAUCUGAAGAUUUAUCCUCAAACCAACAUUUUGAGGCCGAAGUGACUGCUAUUAAAGCAGCGCUACACCAUCUGUCUGCAAUCUUCACAGCCUAACCCAGCUAACGAAAGAAAGGAAUUUAGUCAUCUUCUCCAAUUGCAAAUCAAUACUUCAGACAGCUGAGUUUCAAGAUCUUACAACAGCCACAACAGUAAAAUUACUACUUCUAAAUGCAUAACACCUACCAUGAAACCUAUCCAGUGAGACUAGCUUUACAAUGGAUACCAGAGAACCACAAUACCGGCAUACUGGGAAAUAAAAAAAACAGACAAACUAGUGAAAUAGGGUGCAUCCAAGGAACAAUCAAACAUAAUUACACCACUAAACACAGCAAAGCAGAUUAUCAGACGUAUCAAAAAUGAUGCGUUAUAUAGAGGGGAUAUGGGCUCAACAGGAAGAUGUGUGUUCACACUUAUGCCCAUAACUGACCUUAAAGAUCCAAUAAAUAAUCUUUUCGCCUGAGCACAGGACACACAGGACUAAGUUCUCACCAUCACCGCAUCAAAUCAGAUAAAACUCUAAAGUGUUUGAUGCUUAUGCUUUUAAUAAAACUAAUAAUUUUAGAAAGUCAGUAUGAGCAGACUCUAUAGCACUAUAAACAUCAAAUCAUUAUGACUAGCCUUUAACUUUAAAUCAUACUAUAAGGUAUGAUCUAUUUUUCUGUAACUUUUCUUAACAGUAACUCAUGCGUCUGAGCAGCACUCGGAAAUUGAUACAAUUAACAUCAGCUUCAAUAAUGACAGCCUUGAACAGGGGCCAUUGUGAUUCAGUUAGAGAAGAAGUUAUCCAAGUUGGAAAGGUGAAAACAAAUGUCUUAAAAGUUGGACAUUUUAGAGAAAGACUUCCUACAGACGCCAAGCAAGUGUUAAUGUUAAUUAUACCAGGUAAGUUACAAUACCUCGGCUACUUUUGGGCUAUUAUUUGUAAAGUAACAGAGGUCAUAAUUGUAUUUAAUUAAAAGAUAUAUUGAUUAGGAUGAUGCUAACUUGAUUAAAUACUGCAACUAUUAAUAAGUAAUAAGUUAUGGAUAUUAUUUUUUGUUGCAACUUUUUAAUGUUUUUUGAUGGUGUGACUUUAAUGGAACAAUUUUUAAAUCCUCUCAGUAAAAUUUUAAAAAUGUUUUAUGAUAAUGUCAACAGUUCAUAAAAAUUUGCAGGCAAUCCUGGUGUUCCAUAUUUUUAUGAGGAUUUCAUGCAAGAACUGUACAGUCACUGUGAUGGGCAGGUUCCAGUGUGGACUAUUGGCCAUGCAGGUCAUGUAAGACCAAAUGAUGCUCAACUUACAGUCAGUGAUAUAUGUAUGUAAACAUCUCCAUGAAUUAGCAAUGGUUAAUUACAAUUUGAGACACACCUGGAACAUUUAGAAAAAGACUGUGCAAAUAUUUCUAUCAAAAGCCAACCAUUUUAAGUAACUUACAGAGUAUUGUUGAAAAUUGAGAAUAUUUGAGAAAUCUUUAAAGUUUAAUAACACUAAAAGAUUAAAUUAUUGCAUUUUAAAUAUGUUUUGUGAUACCUUGUUUUAAAUACAGAAAUUAUCAGUGAUAAUUUGCUGGACAUAAUAUUUCAAAAUAUGUUUUUUAAAAUUUCCAAACAACUGUAAGUAAAUUAUUGUAAAAUUUUAAAAUGUCCAUUUGUUUAAUAACUUUUAUUAUUUUAAACUUUUGGUCACUUAACUCCUAUAUUAUAAAUAUAAGUUUAAGUGAUAUAACAGAUUUUAUCAUGAUGCUAUUUGUCUCCAGAUUCAACUAAGGAAGAUAUGUUUGGUCUGGAAGCUCAAAUUAAACACAAGGUUGAUUUCAUUAAGGAAAAUAUUCCACCCGAUGUGUCUCUUAUUUUGAUUGGUCAUUCCAUUGGUUGCUACAUGAUUCUGAAUUUACUUGAUGAGCUGCCUGCCAAACAAGUUCUUCGCUGCUUCAUGCUCUUCCCAACCAUAGAGCAUAUGGCUGAAUCCCCAAAUGGAGUGAAGAUUACCCCCAUCCUCAGGCAUCUGCGUUGGCUUGUUGUAUUCAUCGCAUUUCUACUUUAUUUAAUUCCGCACAUUGUUAGAUGCAAUCUUAUCAGAUGGUGGUAUAAGAAUGUUGAUUAUCCUAGUUGUAUGGAGAAAGCAGUUCUGGAAACGUUGACGCCAUGGACAGUAAAUUUUACCACAUACCUUGCCAGGAUUGAAAUGAACAAGGUUACCACCCUGCAAAGGGAUUUGUUAGAUAAACACAGUAGCAAGCUGAGUUUUUAUUAUGGGUCCUCAGAUAACUGGGCACCAGUUAAGUACUAUCACAAUCUCGUAUCAGAGUUUCCCAAAUUAGAUGCUAGGCUUUGUACCUUGAACUUGAAACAUGCUUUUGUUCUAGACACUCAAGAGGGUAGAGAAAUGGCUAAAAUUGUGUGGUUGUGGGCCCAGUCUCACCAUCAUACUGUGCUAUCUUCACAAAAUCUUGAUGAUGGAGAGACUUGGGUGUUCAAUGAAUCUUGAGGUAUAUUUUAUAUUUUGUUAAUUUGAUAAAAAUGAAAUGCAUAGAACUUAAUAAAUUUGUAAAACUUCAUAUAAAAAUUAUUACGUUUUUGUAAUAAAACAAAAUGUGUAACAUUCGCCACAAAAAGAGAUUUUGGGCAUCCGGUGUAUUCAGGUUCAUAUUUUGCUUUUAAGCCUGUCAUCAGAUUAAAUAGUUUUCUAAUCCAACAUUUGAAGAAUUGUUAUAUUUUUGUACAUGUAAAGUAAUUUUCAAUGUAUUCAUUUUUUGUUACUAUUCCAAACAAGAAGUUAAAUAUUUCAUGGAUACGUAAAAGCAUACUGCUGUGAUGUAUUAUAAUUAUAUGUUUUGGAAGUGUUUUUUCUGAUCUUGAAAAUUUGGCAGGCCAGCCUAAUAAUCUGAUGUAAAUUAACGGUUAGAGGUACACAGAGUAUAGAAAUCAUCCUACUAAAAGUUACUAAAACGUUUUGCGUUAACCCUUGAAGUAAAUAAUAGUAUGAAUAAGAUGCAUCUACUUUAGACAGUGAAAUUUAGGUUGCCUAUUCAUAGUGUAUUGAGAAAGGUAAUCCCACUGUAUCAGGCAUAGCAUCUUUGUUACACAGGAACAAUCUUAUGCCUUGAGCAGUUUUUUUUACAUUGGGCUGUGAAAAAGAAGGUGAAGUGUACAACUAAUGCCAAGUCCCAGGAAACAUUUUGAAUAUCAGCUUGCUCUGCUCAGAAAAAGCAACUGGGAACUUCUGGUUCUGAAAAGGACAGUUGGAGAUCCUUAAAAAAACUGUCAAGUAGUGUCUCACCAGGAAGAGGCAAUAUCUGGAUUGGCUAUUUGUACUUUCUAAAGAAAGCCAAAUUUUUUGUAUUUACAAAUUAUAUUUGUUAAAGUACGGUAAUUUAUUUCUUAAUUUAUCUGUGCAAAAUUUUGCAUUUGUUAAAAAAAACAACAGUUAAUCUAUUAAGCAUUUCUGGCAAUAAUAAAGGAUCAGAUACAGAAUUCAAAUUCAAUGUGUCAGUUUAUUAUUUU